GGCUGGGGGCGGCCUGAUUUCCCGACUGGAAACCUCCCCUCGUGAAAUCAGAGGAAAUUCAGGUGGCAGGGACCCCGGGGGGUCGCAUUUCGUCCAACCCCUGCUGCCAGCUACAUCAUCCCAGCCACAAUUUUGGCUGCAGGGGGUUUCGUCAGGGCGCCCGAAUCCUUCCUGGUCUGGUUGACUUGGUCCCGGGACUCGGUCGGGCCAUGGCCCGUGCUUAAAUUCAGGAUGACCGCGCACCAGUAGUUUCCCCGCGUUCCCUCCCCGCCAGCAUGAGGCCUCCGGAGACCAUCCCCAGACCUCAUGCUUCGGGACGCAGGGGCGCGCCUUGCACCUGGAGAUUGAGCCGUGCCCCGUAUCGGUGCGAGUAUAACGCUGCGCGGUUGGCUUAUAAAAAUGACGUUUCCUGGGGGUAGUUAGUCUCCGAACUGCCGUUAUGGAGUAGGUCGGGUGCAUGCAAGACGGGUGAGGCUGCGAGGACGGUGGUACGUUUGACGCUGAGUUUCCCAAAAUUUCAGGAAAAGGUUGCCCUGCAAAAAAAAAUAAUAAUAAUAAUUAAAAAAAAAAAAUUGUCCUCUGCCGUCCCUUUCCCCCCUUUAAAACUAGAAGCCCUUCAAGGAAUUGCUUGAAAAGGAAACUGACUUCUUUAGAAACUCAGGAAAACGUAGCUUAAGUGAGGAAGAUUAAGUCUUGUUACCUCCCUCGUAAAAUUACUGCCAGGUUCUGCCAUUUAAUUUUGGAAACGGAGAAUGAGUGCAUGUUCCCUCUCUGUGCCAGUCUCCCCUGCUAAUAGAUGCAGUAGCUAUAGGAGUGCCAGGAGUGUGGAAUUUAUUCCAAGUGCUCAUUCUGACACUGAGGAUGAGGAUAAAGCAAUGGUAGAAGGAGAGGAGGAAAAGGCAGAGCAUCAUGCUAAAGAGAAGGGGAACAGGGGAACUAAGGGAAAGCCACACCAUAAAAAACUGGGAUUGUCUAAAAAGUUUGUGAAAGAUCUGCGACCUGCUGCUGCCCCUGAGCAAAAUGGAGAGAGCUUCUUCAUGGAGAGCAAUACUGCGAAGCGCGUUCUGUUGCCCGGGACGAGAGCAAAGACUUCCAUUGUGUGGAACUUCUUCCACAUCGAUCCCCAGUACACGUGGCGCGCCAUCUGCAGCAUCUGCAAAAAGAGCGUCAGCCGUGGCAAGCCGGGCACCCACCUCGGCACGUCGACACUUCAGCGACAUCUCCAAGCCAAGCACUCUGUGCACUGGACGGUGGCUACCAAAAUAAAUGCUGCUGGGGGAAGCAGUGUAGGGGAGGAUGAAUAUGCCUUUAACAUGCCUGUCUCGCCCGUCUCCCCUGAUAGCAGAGGCAGCAGUUUGAGCAGCAGUGGGAGCUCGGACUAUGUUCCAAGCAUUAAUUUUGAUGGUGAUGGGGUGGAAGAGGCAGAGAGUCAGUUUUUCCACAAAAAAAGAAGAAAGAGAGCUGUGCAGGUGAAUGAGUUCCACCCAGGAAAGCGAGAGCUGGCCAGAAAAUUUGCCAAAGACAUUAUUCCCACGGGUGCAACCAGUGCAGCACCAGCAAUAGUCAUUUCUGGGGAAGAUCGAGAGCCUUUUCUAAUUGAAAGCAAUACUGUCAAACGUGUCCUAGUGCCAGGAACCAGGACUAAGACAUCUGCCGUGUGGAACUUCUUCUACAUUGACCCUCAGUACACUUGGCGGGCUGUCUGUACCGUCUGUAAAAAGAGUGUCAGUCGCGGCAGACCGGGGACUCACCUUGGCACCUCCACACUCCAGCGACACUUGCAGGCCAUGCAUCCUGUGCACUGGGCCAUGGCCAACAAAUCUAAUGGUGCUCUUUGUAAUGGUGUCGGGGAGGAAGCAGCAGAGGAUUUUCCUCCCAGUCCAGCUGAGGUGGACGUGUUUUUGGCCCGUAGGAAUGACUUAUCACGCUAUUUCUCUUCGAGAGAGAAACUGUCGGCCGGUUACAGUUUAACACCUCGAGGUUUGGGUGUCCCUGCCCCAGCUUUUUCUCCCAAGUCAGUGCUUAGUAAAAGAAAAGCCUUAAGUCCCAACUUUGGGACUAACCAAGACUCUCAAAUACCUACUACUGUGAGGAAGAUCAGAUACCGUGAAAAUCCAGUUGCACAGCAGAUCAACAGGGCUAUCACGGAAUUGAUUAUUGAGGAUAUGCAGCCUUACUCCUUUUUUUCCACACCCGCUUUUCAGAGGUUCAUGCAGAUUGUGGCCCCCGACUAUCAGCUGCCAUCAAGAACUUACUUCUCUACAAAGGCUGUGCCACGGUUACACAGUGUUGUGAGAGAGAAGGUUUCCUUGGCUCUGGAGAAAGCAGAAUUACACAAAGUACACUUGUCCAUUGACAUGUGGACCUGUGAACCAGCCUUGGACUACCUGACAGUGAUGGCCCAUUGGGUAUCUUAUGAAGUGUCAUCUUCUGACAACACCAGCAGAACUCCCAAUUUUAGGAAGCAAGCAGCCCUUUGUGUAACUGGCUUUGCCAAAGAUUAUACAGCAGCCAGUAUCUUGCAAGAACUGAAUUACCAGAUUGGUGUGUGGCUCUCCCCCAGUUCCCUCACCCCAGGCUUUGUAGUUUCUGAUAGCACUGCCAAUGUGGUACAUGCAGUGAAAGAUGGAGGCUUUACCCACGUGCCAUGUUUCAUGCAUUGUUUAAAUGUAAUCAUUCAGGACUUUCUCUGUGAGCACAAAAGCACUGAGAGCAUGCUGGCAGCUGCACGAGAGAUUUGCCUUCACUUUAAUCGUUCUGCUAAAACCCGUCAGGUUUUGCAGAAGUUUCAGCACAUGACCUAUCUUCUGCAGCACAGCUUAAAGCAGGAGGUAGCCACUCGGUGGAUCUCUACUUUUUAUAUGCUGAAGCGACUUCUAGAGCAGCGGAAAGCAGUGCAUGACUAUUCGGUCCAACAUCGCCUCGGGGGGAGAGCAGGUGGGGUCAUCCUCACUUCCCUCCAGUGGUCUCUGAUGGCACACGUGUGUGACAUCCUGGAGCCCUUUGUGGAAGCCACUCGGGAGAUGAGCGCAUGCACUGCGGGGCUUAGUCAGGCACUACCGUUAGUCCGCCGCCUGCUCCUUACUUUGCAGAACAUGCGGAAAGAUUUUCAAAUCAAAGGGGCUACCCUUGCUCUUGGCCUGGUGGAUGACUUGUCUCUGAGGAUAGAAACUGAUUCCCGUCUGUGUGCUGUGCUCAGGUCUGAGCACUAUAUCUUGGCCACUUUGUUAGAUCCCUUCUUUAAAGACAGUUUAGAAGAAUUCCUUCCCCGAGGCAGUGACUUAGCAAGCUAUAAGCAAAUCCUAAUUGAAGCAGUGUCCGAGCAUAUGUGCCUGUCAAUGGAGAGUUGCCCCAUGGAGAAUAGAAAAGCAUCAGGCCAAUCAGCCCUUACAGGGACUGAACCUUUUGCCCGUCAUUUUAAGAAAGAUCCUGCAGGUUCAGGUCCCUUGAAUGGCUCAUCUUCUUCAAAGAUCAUUGCUUUAACUGGCAAGGGGCUGUUGUGCCCAUCUGCUGCAACCAUAGUAGAAGAGUACUUCCAUGAGAAGCCCUCAAGGAUCUCAGUAAAAGAUGACCCCUUGACUUACUGGCAGGGGAAGCUGAGAAGGUGGCCUGCGUUAACACAAGUAGCCAUUCAGUAUCUUGGCUGCCCACCCUGUAGUCUGCAUUCGGAAUGGCUCUUCAGCUCAACGCGCCACCUGGCCUCAGAACGUAGGGCUAGUUCAGGCAUUGACAAUAUUGAACAGCUGAUGUUCCUCAAAAUCAACUUAAAAAGUAUAAAUUAUGACUAUUCUACUCUGGCCUUGGGCUUUGACACAGAGGACGAGGUCACUCAGAGCAGUGAGGAUGAGAUGUUUUAAGCCAGACAUGCUCUCUGAACCGUAUGAAGUCCAAAACGUGUGCUGUGAUGAACUAUUUUUUAUACAUUUUAUGGUCCUUUCAGUCUUCAGAGUGCUUUACAGAUGCAUUCGUAGGCAAACCUGCAGUGUACCCAUUUUGCAGAUACAAAAAGUGACAGAUGUGACUUGAUGUAAAAGAUGAGAUUAGAUUUUAGAAAUUCCUGGCUUCUGAGUCUUAAAUACAGACUCAUUUAACAUGGGUCAAAUAAACACACGUAGAGGCUAUAAUGUAAGUAUUUAUGAAAUGAACGUUAAAAAGAUAACCAAGCACACACAUAAGUAGGCCAAUUAUAAAGAGACCAUAAAGUGGAGUCAGGCUUCAUGCUUGGGAAGCAAUGAAGUCAGAAUCUAAUUUAAAAAUAUGGUGCUGGUAGUAGCAGUUGAAUAAUGCUCCCUUUGGAUACUUGCUGGGCUGAAAAAUGUUGUUUUCCCUCUGAGCUUCCCUCCUAUAAACUCAGGAUAGGACUAGUGCGGCCGGCAGACUGGAAAGCUAGAUGUAGGCAUAGCAUAGACUUUCAGUAUCAAAAAGACGGGGCUGUUAGACUGGACAGAUUUUCACCAUUGUAUUUAUCUUCCUUUUGCAAGGGUCAGGUGUGGGGGUUUGUGUGUGACUAAGUUCUGUUUUCAUAGACUUCUAGUUAUGGCCCCUUUCGUGUAAGUAUGAUGCUGUGCUAAAUUGCAUGACCAUGGGAAGCACAGCUCAAUCUGUACGUGAGCGCCAGUAGAAUCCUAGAAAUUUUGUAUUGACUUUGGAAUGCUUAUCAGUUUCCGAUACAAACAUGCUAAAUGCACCAGACUUAUGAAUAUUACACUUCCUUCAAGGAUUUAGGUCAAGUGACAUCUUUCUGUUAUGAUUAAAUUGCUAUUUUGACUGAUUUAAAACAUAAUUUAAUUUAGAAUAAUAGUUUGGGUGUUCAUUAAAUUACUUGUAGAACUGAGAGGCCCAAGUGUUUUGUCCUUUCUUAACCUGUAGAUUAGUAUAUUUUAAAUGAGACCCAUUCAAGUUCUGAACUGUGCUCCAAGUGUUAAGCAUAUGCAGUAAUGUGGAAGGCAACACACAAAUUGGAUGAAAGCAGACUUAAAAAUACCGAUUAGCUGAGUGGCCUGUGUGCUCAAAUGAACCCAAACUAUAUGGGGUAAAUUUUCCCACUGCAAUGAAUACAGUAAUUUGGACUCAAUAUGUAAAUUUAUUUUUCCCUGAAGAAGAGAAAUGUCAUUCAUCAGAUUUUUCUGAUUACUUCUAUUUGAAUACUUCUGUUUUAUUCUU